CUUAUCAGUAAUGUAAUGUAAUGUAAUGCAAUGUUGGUGAAGUAGAUGAAGAACAGGAAGAAAAAGAAUUCCCUUCCUGCACUGUGGACGAGGAGACUGACUGACGGACUGACUAGGUGGAUCGCCUUUGGUUGCUCGCGUACUUCAUUGACGACGAGGUUAUAUUUUGGAUGGGAGACGACCAUGAACGUGGCGAUGUGGUUGUUCGCUGGCUGGAUGACAUGAUAUGAUAUGCCCUGCGCAUUAUCUCCGGCAGAUUCUGUCUCAGUUUCGUAGAGUGGCAAUUUCUUGUGGAUUUUGGGAGGGAUUGUCGUGGAUUUGUAGCAUCCUGGUUGUGGGGUCCAGGGUUGCGGCGGUUGAUUAGUCGUCGGGGAAGGAGGCCCAGUUAGGAUUUUUGCAUCUUUUAGAGAAGCUGGUUGCGCUCAGGCCUUUGUUGAUGCGCGGGCAGGAGAAAGGGCUCGGCGAUGGAUUGUUCUGUGGAGUUGGCAGGUUUAGGGGAGAGUAGCGUCGUGAGAUUUAGUCCCAAGGUAGUGAAUGCUUCGUUGAGUUCCUCCUUUAGUGCUGCUGGGAACGUCUCUUCGCGGCGUUGCUGGGAUGGAAUUAGAGCAAAUGGGGUUCGAGAUACGCAAGGGGUCCAGGGCGGGGUGCCUGCUCUUCGACAGAAGCGGUCUCGUCAGGAAAUUGGGGUGUUUGCGGCUGCAAAGACAGUCGGGGACUUGCAGUCGACGAGCAAGGGUUUGCAGAACAGUUUUGCGCGCCAUUUCAAUGAUUUGAUCCGUAGACAUUGUGAGAGGGUGCCAUUGGGAUGGGCAUCCAUCAGCCAACAGCCAAAUGGGAAACUGUCUGAAGGCGAUGACGGGAAAGGGAUUGAAUUGAAAGGAGAAGAGGUCGGGAAUGAAGAGGCGCAGCCGUCGGGUCAAAGCGAGAGGAAGCACAAAACUGUGUUGAUUCUGAUGAGUGACACUGGAGGGGGCCAUCGUGCGUCUGCGGAAGCAAUCAAGUCCACUUUCGAGCUUGAGUAUGGAGAUGAGUACAAGGUAUUCGUUAUUGAUCUAUGGAAGGAGCAUACUCCUUGGCCUUUUAACCAAGUUCCAAGAACUUACAGCUUUCUGGUGAAGCACGAGAACCUGUGGAGGUUUACGUUUCAUAGCACUGCUCCCAAGCUAGUGCAUCAAUCACAAAUGGCCGCAACAGCUCCUUUUGUCGCACGAGAGGUGGCGAAGGGGUUGGCAAAAUACCAACCUGACGUUAUCGUAAGCGUUCAUCCGUUGAUGCAGCAUAUUCCAUUGCGGGUUUUAAGAGCUCGGGGCUUACUUGAUAAGAUCCCUUUCACAACUGUCAUUACAGACCUGAGCACUUGCCAUCCUACAUGGUUUCACAAGCUUGUGACUGCCUGCUUCUGCCCGACAAAAGAAGUGGCGGACAGAGCUUUAAAGGCUGGCCUCCGUCAAUCUCAACUUCGUGUACAUGGGCUUCCCAUUCGGCCCUCCUUCGCUACAUUCACUCGUCCCAAGGAUGAGUUGCGGAAAGAGCUCGACAUGGACGAGAGCCUUCCUGCUGUGCUUUUGGUAGGGGGAGGUGAGGGCAUGGGCCCUGUGGAACAAACUGCUCGUGCCCUUGGACAAUCACUGUAUGAUGCCAAUACUGGCAAAGCCGUUGGUCAAUUGGUGGUUGUUUGUGGUCGCAACAAACGCCUUGUGAAGAAGCUAGAGGCGAUGAACUGGAAUAUCCCUGUAAAGAUCAACGGCUUUGUAACAAAUAUGUCUGAAUGGAUGGCAGCGAGCGAUUGCAUUAUAACCAAGGCAGGGCCUGGUACCAUAGCUGAGGCAAUGAUCAGGGGACUACCAAUGCUUCUGUUUGAUUUCAUAGCUGGACAGGAGGUUGGAAACGUAUCGUUUGUUGUGGAGAAUGGCGCUGGUACUUUCUGUGAGGAGCCGAAAGAGAUAUCUAGAAUUAUUGCAGACUGGUUUGGCUUCAAGGCUGAUCAGCUAAGUAAAAUGGCAGAACAAUGUAAAAAGCUAGCACAACCCGAUGCCGUUUUCAAAAUAGUGCAUGAUCUAGAUGACAUGGUGAAUAACAAGCACAGGUACCUUGAACACUUGAAUGUUAGGUACAGAGGGCUUAUUUAGGUUUAGUUUGCUUUUGGAACAAUCCAGGCGAUAAUGCGGCCCUAUUACUAUUCAAUAAAUUGCUUCUAUGAUUGACUGCGGAUUUACUA